GCCAGUAUUCUGGUUGAUAAUAAGGGAAAAGAAAGUCUAUUCUAUUAUCUUCGCCAUGCUUUAAACCUUUUACCUCAUGAUGUAGGAAUUUUUGCUGUAUUUACGGAUACAACUUCCAAUAUUUCGAACUUCUCACCUGCCUCCAAACGUGAUCGGUCACAAAGAGUCUCUAGCAAAAGAUAUCAAUUAUUUAACCCGUUUUACUUGAUAGACACCAUAGACAUAAACGCUGAUCUUAAAAAAGUGUCAACAUUGAAAGAUUCUGAAUAUCCACAAUGUUUCUUUAUGUAUGGAAGGCCCUUAUGGAGUUCACUAAUGUCGCCUUUGCUUGGUGAUACUAAAGGAUUUGAACCACAUAGUAUUAUUAAUUUAGCCAUGGAUAAGCUUGUCGGUGGAAUGACUUACACUUCUUGGAAAGAGGAACAUAAAAAUCGUAUCAGCAACGUGGAAGCAUUGGCCAUCUUAGGACCCCGUUUAUGUAUAGACAUUGUACCACAGUCCGAAUAUGCAUCUAGUUUGGUGUCAAAUUUUAUGCGUUUUUGCAUUAAUAUCUCAAAUGAUCGCGACAACAUCAUUACAUCGAUGUCUACUGAACCUGUACUAGCAGAAGC